AUGGCUCUCACCGUCAUCCGCAAUUCCCAUGAGCCCCCCGCCGUCCAUUCACAGCCUCUUCCUUCACCUAAGCGCCGGCCUCGACUGUGCCCAACCACUCAACUCCCGCGUUAUACCUCAGCCUUCCAUCCAGACCGAACCGACCGACCGAUUGGGCCGUCUCGAAAAGCCCGCGUCGGCACCCUGACCGGUGCCACUAUCACCACCGGCCACACACACCUCACACAUCACACAUCACAAAUCACGAAUCACACAUCACAGAGCCCCUUCACCGCAUCCCAACCCUCUGACUACACGGCCCUAUACCGCGCUGCACUAUCUCAUCACGCAACGCCCGUAUCCGGCACUGCCUCUCCAGCACGCCCGAAACUCCCGUGUCCGUGUCCGUCUUUCUCUUGUUUGCCUUGGCCCACCUGCAAGUUACGUGACUCUAACAUCCCCGGGUCUUCCACGUGUUGUUGCGUUGGGGAUGCCGAUCCUCCUUUGUCAAUGCACCUGUCACCAUCUUCGGCUCUUCCCACUCCCGUCACGCAGUCGUCCAUCCUCAGGCAUUAG